UUGACUCCCUGGUGUCUUAUACCGGUGAACGUUGGGACGUUGGUCUGGAAGCUACAAGACCUAUAAACAAUUACUGGAUGCGGUUCACCGGACUUCAGGACUGCGCUGAUGAAUUCGCAAAGGUUCAUCAAGUCGCUGUUCUUCACUACAAAGGUGCUUCAGAGCGGGAACCUAAUAACCCUGUUGGAUACAACAUUCACUCUAAGGGCCAAAUUGUUUGUGCCUUUGUUUUAUCUGUGUUAGUGGACCCCAGUUUCCAACCAUUUACACCUCAAUUCAGCCACGUAUCGUUCAAAAUGCCGCACUCUCCAUUGUUAAGCCAAUACAGUGAUGUUGAUCCCAGUAUUUUCUGUGAAAAUCACAACCUAACCGGCUGCAAUACAACAUUCUGCGAGUGUUUAUACGUCAUGGAAGUGCCCACUAACAGCAAUGUGGAGCUUAUCCUAAUUGACUUAGGAAAACCUUUCAACGCCAACCACCCUAUACACUUGCAUGGCUAUGCCUUCCAUGUAAUAGGAAUGGAUCGGCUGGGAGAAAGUGUAGACGAGGAGUUUGUCAAGAAGCUGAACAGAGAAGGGCGGCUUGUAAGGAACCUCGAGAAUCCUCCCUUGAAAGACACUGUAACAGUUCCUGAUGGCGGUUACACGAUUAUCAGAUUUCAUGCAAACAAUCCUGGUUACUGGCUGUUUCACUGUCACAUAGAUUUUCACAUGGAAUUGGGGAUGAAUGUGGUAUUCAAAGUUGGAAAACAUGAAGAGUUUCCCCCCGUUCCAGACGGAUUUCCAAAGUGUGGAGAUUAUAAAAAUGACAAUACGAAACUAAAUUCUUACAGCUAGUAGCUUUUUGUUUGACAAAA